AUGGCUUCCAGCGUACCGCAACCCUCGCCGCCCACGUCAGUCUCCCAAGACCAUUCAUCCGAGGAAGCGGAAGAAAUCAAAACCCCUGGACUCGACCUCUCGUCUUUGACCCGCGCACUCAAGGCCAGAAAGGCGGAAUAUACCAGGCGGCGAAGUAUUAGGAUCAAGAUUGGCACAUGGAACGUGGCCGCUCUCUCUAACACGGAGAAAGAUGUAGAGAAAUGGUUUGUACAAGGUCGAGGAGUUUCGCAGAAGCUUUCGGGAGAAAAGCACUCUAAUGACCGGCAAAAAUAUCGAUCGACGGAUGGUAGCAUGUCUACCACUGGCCUUGAAAAUAAGGAUGGCCCGACCCCGUUUCAAUACAGCCCGGAAGAGAUCGACCUUUAUGUUCUAGGGCUUCAAGAGGUUGUCGAUGUCUCCUCGCCCACUGAGACACUGCGUCCAUAUGUCGAUCCGGGACCUUCGAACCGAUGGAAAGAAUCAGUCCACAAGGCGCUGCCCCCAGGAUAUCAACUUGUCUCUGAUAUCCAGCUGGUUGGCCUGCUGCUCAUUAUUUAUGCCUCACCGGCUAUUGCCGAGAGUGUUUCAUCCGUCAGCAGCACGCACGUCGGCACAGGGCUCAUGGGGUAUAUGGGUAACAAAGGGGCGGUUGCAACUCGCCUGGUUCUUGGCGAGACUACGAGCUUGGUCUUUGUCAACUGCCAUUUGGCUGCUGGUACAGAUAAAGGCAGCCUGGAGCGGCGCAACUGGGAUGCCUCUCAGAUCACUGCGCGCGUCAAAUUCGAACCCAUGGAGUCCGAACGGGGGCUGCAAAACGACGCCUCCCACGUAAUUGGCCCGGAGGAUUUUACCUUUUGGUUUGGUGACCUCAACUACCGACUGGAUGACAUUCCCCGCGAUGCGAUACGGCAGGCUCUGGCUCGGCACACCGUCAAUGCGUUCGACACUGCGCUUCAAGAGAAACGCAAAGAACACAAUCAGUCUCGACGGUCCUCAAGUUCCUCCUCAUUAUCUGAGGCCACACCAGAACAGGAACUGCCUCCGUCCCCCCACGGUGAGAAUGAGAGGACUGAGCCUGUGACGGACGAGGAAAUUGAUCCCCGCAACGACCCAGCAUCUCUCCAAACGACGAUAUCAUCCCUCCUUGCGCACGAUGAGCUCAUGGCGAUGCAGCGUAAAGGGACGAGCUUCCACAACGGCUGGCGUGAAGGUGAAAUUACAUUCUUGCCGACCUACAAAUACGAUGUUGGAAGUGUAGCCCUGUUUGACACGAGUGAGAAGCAGCGUGCUCCUAGCUGGUGUGAUCGGAUUCUGUUUCGAACGCAACGAGAUAAGCAGAAGCAUGAACGACUCGACCGCGAAGCCGAAGAGGCUCGGAAAAGAGACGAAGAGAUGCAAGCCAGUGGAUUGGACAAAGCAGUUGCUGACGACAAUGUUCUUUUUGAUUAUGACCCCGAUGUUGAUGGUGCGAUAAGCCCGGAUGAGUAUGCAUCGGAGGAAGAUAAUGCCGAUGACGCUGCCUCUCUCACGUCGCAGGACCCCACCGAGGAUCCAAUUCAAUUGCACCAGUAUGUAUCGCACCAGGGCAUCUUGUCAUCAGACCAUAAGCCCCUGGAUGCUACUUUUACAUUGACCUUCGAUGCCGUCAAUCCUCAACUGAAGGCCAAAAUUCAUCAAGAGGUGGUCCGUGAAUUGGACAAGGCCGAGAAUGAAAACCGCCCAGGCCUUACUGUUGUCGUCGAUACUCACCGGGAUGAGCAGCGCACGGAAGCAGAUCCGAAUGCCGUGGAUUUUGGCGAUGUCGCCUUCGAUGUGCCGUCUCAGCGAUCAUUGACUAUUGCCAACACUAGCGGUGCCUCGGCGACCUUCUCGUUUGCCGAGCGACCCGAUUCCGGCGCAGAUGUCCAAUCCAAGAUGACCUCAUGGCUGGAUAUUCACAUUGACAAGCCAGCACAGAAGCCGACCAAGGAACAAGCCACUGCCUCAUCGACCGCGAGCCAUACCUUGCUCCCUGGCGAGGUUGCUAAUGUUGAUCUCACCGCACAUGUUCGUGACAUCAGCCUGGUGCGCCUUCUCAACGCGCGGAAAGUAAAACUGGAAGAGAUCCUCGUUCUGCAUGUGGACAAUGGCCGUGACCAUUUUAUCUCCGUGGCUGGGCAUUGGCUUCCCACUUGUUUUGGCUGUAGUGUGGAGGAAUUGACUCGCAUGCCCGAAAGCGGUGCUCGCAGCCUUGACUCCACGGGGCCUUCUCACCAAUCAACCAAGGAAGCCGAAGUGCGAUUAUCAGCGCCUCGGGAACUCUUCCACUUGACAGAGAGCAUUUCGGAGCUGGUCGAACGUGCAGUAGCCGAGUGGAGCAUGACAAAUGGCGACUCUGACGAGGAUCGCCCGCCGUGGAUGAUAGAACCGAAUGGGACAGCAUGGCCCUUCCAGCCUGAUACUUGGACUCUGCAGGAUCCGUACGAACGUGCACCACUGUCUGCUUUGGUCCGCGAGGCGCUGGACACCAACAAAGCGCUCACAGCUGUCUUUGGUCCCGAGAUUUCCUCCCUGCAUCGUUUGGAGAUUCUCUCAGAAACUCUCCUGACCUUCAUCAACUCUCUGAGCGACGGCAUUGUCACGGCAUCUAUGUGGCAAGAUAUUGAUAGGCAGAUUGUUGAGCGGGAGAAGUCCAAAGCCCCGCCUCGAUCUUGGGAGGAGUCCCAGGCAUGGGUCCUUGAGAACCUCGCCCAUUCGCCUGCACACAGCGUUUCUUUCACUUUCGUCACCUUCAUGCUCGCUCGUAUCGCCAACGAAGUAGCGCCUGUGCCAUCCACCACCAGCCUUGUACCGACCCCUCCAUCUUUCAAGGAUAAGAAGAAACAUACCAGCUCACAAGAGUCAACUGCGGAAUCUACAAACUCCAAAAGUCAAUCCUCUGCUGGUAAUCCACAGCCGUCACAGCCGCCAGCCCCGGCCUCCGCCGCCGCAUUCAUAUCCGCAGGCAGUUUCCGCCGGAAAGCACGCUCAUCAGCCUCGUCGUCUACCGGCUCGGACUCCGCGACAAACAGCAAUGGUCCGGCCAUGGCUCACCGACAAGCCGUCGAGUCGGCACUGGCAUCAAUCUUUGCUCGCGUGCUUAUCUCUGCGGCCGCACCGACCCCGGCGAAGGAGAAGGAGCGUCGUGCAUCCGAACAACGGAAACGAACUAUCAUCGAGCCAUUCCUGAAGAUGAUCGGUGUGGAUGACCGGGGACCGUCAGGUGGCCGUUCUUGA